UCGUAAUCACAGAUGCGCAGCACGAGCAAUUACUCUCAUACUUCGCUGGUGCGCCAGCACGACUAAUGUUAUCUGUAGUCUGAUUCGUAAUCUGUCGCCGAGUUCGCUCGUAUUGAGAACAAGAUACGAAGGAUACAGUAUGAUACAGUAGUUGCAGCGCGAGGUAGUUGGAGAGGUGCGUCGAUACGGUCUAUGCCGACCGCAGCGGUCGACUACGCGUUCGUACGUCGCGAGAACGUACUUUCCGCAAGGUUAGACUGGUACUAGGUACUAACACGCCGAGAUUGACACUCAGGGUUCGACAAUCAUCCACGCACAGCGGCUCGUUCGCCCGACGACGAGAUGGAUAGCAAAGUGGACGACGAAAAUCAGCGUAGCAUCAAUGAGGGCGAUUGGGUCUGCCCUGAUUCUCAAUGUGCCAAUAUAAAUUUUGCCAGACGGAACUCCUGUAAUCGCUGCGGCAAAGACAGAGGUGAAUGUCCAAAGAAGAAAAAGUUAGGCCAAGAGAUUGGAAAAGCAGCUGCUGAGAAGAGCAGAGGUCUUUUUAGCGCGGAUGACUGGCAAUGUAGUAAAUGUGGUAAUGUAAAUUGGGCCCGCCGGCAACAAUGUAAUAUGUGUAAUGCGCCGAAGUUUGGUGAGAUAGAGGAGCGCACAGGGUACGGAGGUGGAUAUAACGAUCGAGGAGUCGUCGAGUAUAAGGAAAGACGAGACGAGGACGACGAAUACGACGAGUUUGGACGGCGCAAGAAAAAACGGAAACUCGAGAAAAACUCUGACGAUGAUUCCAAGGAUUCCAAGUACAGCAGUCCGUCUCGUAGUAAAUCCAGAAAUAAAGAGGAAAGGGGCAAGGAAAGGGAUAAGGAGGAGCAAGAGGAAAACGAGGACGAAGAGGAUGAUGAGGAAGAGGACGGUGACUUGUCCAAGUACGAUCUCAGUGAGUGGGAUGAUUUAGCGCCAGUCAAGAAAAGCACGAAUGGAAGUACCAUAUCGUUGGAAGUGCAACGGUCAAGGUAAUUAAUAGUGAAAUGGAGAUGAUCGGCGCGGUUCAGGCACGUCCAACCAAUGAAAGAAGCUGUACAGAAGGACAGGUUUGACUUGGGUUUCGGGUAUAAAAUUGAUUAUGAUGAUGAGUUGCAGACAGCAUACAGUUUGAUGAUGAGUUUGCUAAAUAAUGUAUAAUCCCAGAUCCUUAAGACUUUUAAAGAAUAGCCUGCUUUUAUUGCGAUUGCAUCUUGAUAUAUCGCAUAAAGACAUCAAGUAUUUCGAGAUUUAGCGAGUCGACUUAGCAAACUUUAAAAAAAAACGCAUGCCUCUCACUCGACGCGUGACUUUUUUACAGGUGAACAGGAGAUUCGAAGGGACGUAACCAGCAACUCUCUCGGCAACUAAGAGAUAUACACGACGCAACAAGUUUUAGUAAUUUAGUGUGCACCUUUGAAUAUAAAGUGGCCGAUAAAUACGAUAUGACUUACUACAAACGAAAGUCCACUAACACGAUAAGCUUUACAUUUAUAAUUGAGCUGAUAGCUUCGUUGAUCCCGAGGAGGCAGGUUCACACAUCUUGCCUCCUCAGGAGUGUCUUCUAUUCGCGCGAAUAUAUCGUUAUUAUUCCAAAUGGUUGCAAAGAGUUUACGGGAAACACCUCGGCGCAAGUAGUGUUUCGCUAGUGAAAUAUAACGGUGGAAAUGCUCGACGAUUUCCAACCGGAAUCUAUAGAAGAAAUUGUACACAGCUCGUUUUACAGGCUAAACAUGAUAUUGUAGAAAAAGAUCUUACUCCUACGUAAAACAGAUCAUCAACGUUCUGCGCAAGCAAGAUCGUCGCAGUGCUCUAAAACUCCUAUUACGUUGUUACGAGUCCAUGUCGGUAUAGCUGUGUCACUGCUUCACGUAUUGCUCAAGUUAUCGGAAGAGAAAUUUAAUUUUCCUCUUCUUCCCUUUUGUUCUCUUAUUACGUCUCUGCAUCUUUAUUCAUCUAUUUGAAAUUAAGUACGGAACGUAGCGUUUGGGAAAACAUUUCCCAAACAAAACAAAUUUAUAUAUUGACCUCUUUUUCUUGGGAAAGAAGGAUCGAGGAAGCAAAAGAAUAUACGUUUGCUCGCUUCGGUUUAUCACAGAUUUGAAUAAAUUGGAGUAACAGCCUGUCGUUUCGAAAAAACGUAGCGCAAGAUUGAACGCGAUUUCUUUCACGUGGACGUGAAUUUGUCUCAUAUACACCGACGAUCGUUCUUGAAUUGCAAAACGAUUAUCGAUCAAAUAUCGUACUGACUUCUUGUAAAUAUCUUUAUUUUUCAUUUAUAAUAAAAAUCAUUCAUCAAC